AUGACGGGCUACAGCUGCCCCUUCAGCUCUGCACUGCAGCCGGACGAGGAUCUGGUGGGCAGGUGCACGCACACCAGGCACAUGGAGCAAGGCCUGACGGCCCCAACGCCCGGGGGCCGGGGAUUCCGCAGCAGCCGCAUGGAGCCGAUCGAGUGCCGAGAUGUGUUGGUGCAGAAUGCGCUCUUCACCGGGGACCUGGAGGCGGUGCGGAAGCAUUUCACUGAGAGCGCUGCCGUCAACCUCAUCAUUGAAUCCAAGGGUGACGAGCUGCGGUGGACCAGCCGGAAACUCGGACUGUGGUCGCUGACCUACGAGCAGGAGCUCACCGCGCCGCUCCACAUCACGGCUGGGCGCGGCUACUUGGACUGCCUCAGGCACCUGCUGCUGAGGGGCGCUGCCGUGGACUUCGCACCUGGCGGUAAGACAGCUCUGCACGAGGCCUGCGCUGCGGCCAGAACGGACUGUGUGCGCCUGCUGCUCUCCUUCGGGGCUGACCCCAAGACUGUCUCUGAGGCUGGCUACCAGCCCCUGCACCUCUGCAAGAGCCCAGCCUCCAUCCAGUGUGCGCAGCUGCUGCUGCAAUAUGGUGCCAGCGUGAACAGCCAGACGGAGGAGGAAGAGGACACAGCGCUGCACGUGGCAGCACGGCACGGCCUGGAAGAGCACGUCCAGCUGUACCUGCGCCAUGGAGCGGGGCUGGAGGCCAAGAACGAGGAGGGUCAGACCCCCCUGAAUGCCGCCUGCGCCCAGGCGCACCCACCCCAGGACAUGGAGCGCUACUAUCGCGUCUGCCAGCAGCUGGUGCAGAGCGGUGCCAAUGUCGAUGCUGCGGACCAGGACCAGCAGCGCCCGCUGCACCAGGCCUGCAAGAACGCCAGCGCCCAUGUGGUGGAGCUGCUGCUGGCCCACGGCGCCAGUGUCAACAUCAUGAGCUACAGCGGCAACACAGCCAUGCACAACAUCUUGCAGGUGGCGGCCUACAAGCUGGGGCACCGGCCAGAGCUCGUGGUACGGGCGCUGCUUAACCAUGGCUCCAUACGCAUCUGGCCCGGGGCCCUCAUCAAGGUGUUGCGCUACUGCUGCUCCUCGCCUCGCACCAUCGAGGUGCUGAUGAACAGCUAUGACCGUGUGCGGGUCACUGACGAGUGGGCAGAGGCUGUCCCAGCUGAGAUCAUGCAGAAGCACCCGGAUUUCUACGAGUCGCUCUUCUCCCUGGGGCAGAGGCCCCGCUCCCUGCAGCACCUGGCCCGCUGUGCACUCAGGAGCUACCUGGAGGGCCGGCUGCUGCAGGUCUUGCCUGAGCUGCACCUGCCACCUUCCCUGCACCAGUUCCUGCUGCUCAGCUUCGAGGACAUUCUCUACUAGGGGCCUGGAGCCUGGAUUGAGCCACCUCUAAAUCCUUUUCUUUCUUUGCUUUGAAGUCUUGUGCCCUGCCCUGCCUGUGACAGCUCUGCUCUGCCCAGCCCAGCCCAGCUUUGCCCUCCCCACUCACACCAGCCAAAGCCAGCCCUUCUGUGCCCAUGCCACCCCAUACCCACCUGUGCCAGGUCUGCCCUUUGUUCUCCCAGCCGAGACACCCGCUGCCCGCACCAACCCGGCCCAUCCCAUGCCCGCAGGCUCUAUUGCUGUAGCCUGUGGUGGG